GGCGCCCCCAGCGCCGAAGCUCCAGCCGCUGCCGCCUCAGCUCCUGCACAACGACGGCGGCGGCCGCGGCGGCUGAGUCGGUGGCUGCGGCGGCUGGUGCGGGCUGAGCGGCGAGUUUCCGAUUUAAAGCUGAGCUGCGAGGAAAAUGGCGGCGGGCGUUUCUGAAGGCAAGAAAUCCGAGAGUGGUGUAGCUGGGUGAUUCUGACUUACAGUCUUCCAUAUGGUUGCAGGGAAGCAGCCAUCCGGAAUUGUCUUCAAGUUUGACAGAUCUUCCAGAUCUGCUUUCAGGAUCAAAAUACUUGCUGAACAGUGGAGUCAGAGACCAAUACAAAUAGACUACUACUUGAACGUCAUUUGACUUUAGCCAGGGGAGUGGGGAGAGGAAGAAACAUCAUAGUACUACUUUACUAUUUGUGGAGCGUCACCUGGUGCCAGGAUGCUCCCCUGCAGUGCCAGAAUUUGAACCUGGUACAUUAUUCAUGGAAGACACAUUCUGCUGGUUGCUGAUGUAUAUUCAUGAUGAGUGGGUUAGGAGAAAAUGCCUUGGAUCCACUGACCCCUGAUUCACGAAAACGCAAAUUACCUUGUGACACUCCAGGACAAGGUCUUACCUGCAGUGGUGAAAAAUGGAGGCGGGAGCAGGAGAGUAAAUAUAUUGAAGAACUGGCUGAACUCAUAUCUGCUAAUCUUAGUGAUAUUGACAAUUUCAAUGUUAAACCAGAUAAAUGUGCAAUUUUAAAGGAAACAGUAAGACAGAUACGUCAAAUAAAAGAACAAGGAAAAGCUAUUUCCAGUGAUGAUGAUGUUCAGAAAGCUGAUGUAUCUUCUACAGGGCAGGGAGUUAUUGAUAAAGACUCCUUAGGGCCUCUUUUACUUCAGGCAUUGGAUGGUUUCCUGUUUGUGGUGAAUCGUGAUGGAAACAUUGUAUUUGUGUCAGAAAAUGUCACACAAUAUCUGCAAUAUAAACAAGAGGAUCUGGUUAAUACAAGUGUCUACAGUAUCUUGCAUGAAGAAGACAGAAAGGAUUUUCUUAAAAACUUACCAAAAUCUACAGUUAAUGGAGUUGCCUGGACAAAUGAGACACAGAGACAAAAAAGCCAUACAUUUAACUGCCGUAUACUGAUGAAAACACCACAUGAUAUUCUGGAAGACAUAAACACAAGUCCUGAAAUGCGCCAGAGAUAUGAAACAAUGCAAUGCUUUGCUCUCUCUCAGCCACGAGCUAUGAUGGAGGAAGGGGAAGAUCUGCAAUCCUGUAUGAUCUGUGUGGCACGCCGUAUUACUACAGGAGAAAGAACAUUCCCAUCAAAUCCUGAGAGCUUUAUUACCAGGCAUGACCUUUCAGGAAAAGUUGUCAAUAUAGAUACAAAUUCACUGAGAUCCUCUAUGAGGCCUGGCUUUGAAGAUAUAAUUCGGAGAUGUAUCCAGAGAUUUUUUAGUCUUAAUGAUGGCCAGUCAUGGUCUCAGAAACGUCAUUAUCAAGAAGCCUACAUCCAUGGCCAUGCAGAAACUCCAGUUUAUCGAUUUUCUUUGGCUGAUGGAACGAUAGUGACUGCACAAACCAAAAGCAAACUCUUCCGAAAUCCUGUAACAAACGAUCGACACGGCUUUGUUUCAACUCAUUUUCUUCAACGGGAACAGAAUGGAUAUAGACCAAAUCCUGCUGGACAGGGCAUUAGACCUCCAGCACCUGGAUGCAGCACUUCACUAGGUGGUAUGAGCAUGUCACCAAACCAAGGCUUACAGAUGCUGACCAGCAGGACCUAUGGCUUGAAUGACCCCAGUACCACAGGGCAGAUGAGUGGAACUAGAUAUGGAGCUUCUGGUACUAUACCUUCACUGAAUUCUGGACCAGGCAUGCAGUCACCCUCUUCCUACCAGAAUAACAACUAUGGUCUCAACAUUAGUAGUCCCCCUCAUGGGAGUCCUGGCCUUGGGUCCAGCCAGCAGAACAUCAUGAUUUCUCCUCGUAACCGUGGGAGUCCAAAGAUGGCCUCUCAUCAGUUUUCUCCUGUUGCAGGUGUACACUCUCCCAUGGGAUCUUCCGGCAAUAAUGGGAACCACAGCUUUUCUAGCAGCUCUCUCAGUGCUCUUCAAGCUAUCAGCGAGGGUGUGGGGACUUCGCUUUUAUCCACUCUAUCUUCUCCAGGCCCCAAAUUAGAUAAUUCUCCUAAUGUAAAUAUAGCUCAAGCAAAUAAAGUGAAUAGUCAGGAUUCUAAAAGCCCAUUAGACUUGUACUGUGACCAGAAUCCUGUGGAGAGUUCAAUGUGUCAGUCAAAUAGCAGGGAUCAUCUCAGUGACAAAGAAAGUAAGGAAAGUAAUGGUGAAGGAUCAGAGAAUCAAAGGGGUCCCCUGGAAAGCAAAGGUCAUAAAAAAUUACUGCAGUUACUUACCUGUUCUUCUGACGACCGAGGUCAUUCCUCCUUGACCAACUCCCCGAUGGAUUCAAGCUCUAAAGACUCUUCCAUCAGUGUAACUAGCCCUUCUGGGGUCUCCUCCUCAACAUCUGGAGGAGUGUCUUCUACAUCCAAUAUGCACGGGUCACUAUUGCAAGAGAAGCACCGAAUUUUGCACAAAUUGCUGCAGAAUGGGAAUUCCCCAGCUGAAGUAGCCAAGAUUACUGCAGAGGCCACUGGAAAAGACACCAGUAGUUCAACACCCUGCGGGGAAGGAAAUGUCAAACAGGAACAACUAAGUCCUAAGAAGAAGGAAAACAAUGCACUGCUCAGAUAUCUGCUGGACAGGGAUGAUCCCAGCGAUACACUGUCUAAAGAACUCCAGCCCAAAGUGGAAGGGCUGGACAACAAGAUGAGUCAGUGCAGCAGUUCCACCAUCCCUACUUCAAGUCAAGAGAAAGACACUAAAAUUAAGACAGAAGCAAAUGAAGAGGCAUCUGGAGAUCUGGAUAAUCUAGAUGCUAUUCUUGGUGAUCUGACCAGUUCUGACUUUUACAAUAAUUCCAUGUCCACAAAUGGUAAUAAUCUGGGAACCAAGCAACAAAUGUUUCAGGGAACUAAUUCUUUAGGUUUGAGGAAUCCACAGUCUGUGCAGUCAGUUCGUCCUUCAUAUAACCGAGCAGUAUCUCUAGAUAGCCCUGUUUCUGUUGGUUCAAGUCCUCCGGUAAAGAACAUCAGUGCUUUCCCUAUGCUACAAAAGCAACCCAUAUUGGGCGGGAACCCAAGAAUGAUGGAUAAUCAGGAAAACUAUGGCUCAAAUUUGAGUGGACCAAACAGAAAUGUGAAUAUGAGUCAGACUCCUACCUCAGGAGACUGGUGUUUACCAAACCCAAAGGCCAGUAGACUGGAACCUAUGAAUUCAAACUCCAUGGGAAGACCAGGUGCAGAUUAUAGUGCUUCUUUACCUAGACCUGCAGUGGGUGGCUCAAUGCCUACCUUGCCCCUUCGUUCCAAUAGCAUCUCAGGUGCAAGACCAAUGUUGCAGCAGCAGCAACAGCAGCAGCAACAGCAGAUGCUUCAAAUGCGGCCUGGUGAUAUUCCCAUGGGAAUGGGAGUCAAUCCUUAUGGCCAGACAACAUCAUCGAACCAACCAGGUUCCUGGCCAGAUGGCAUGUUGUCCAUGGAACAAGGCCCUCAUGGGACUCAAAAUAGACCACUUCUUAGGAAUUCCCUGGAUGAUCUCCUUGGGUCACCUGCUAACCUAGAAGGCCAAAGUGAUGAAAGAGCAUUGUUGGACCAACUACACACUCUCUUGAGCAACACAGAUGCCACGGGUCUAGAGGAAAUUGACAGAGCUCUAGGCAUUCCUGAACUUGUAAAUCAAGGUCAAGCCUUGGAGUCCAAGCAGGAUGCUUUCCAAGGUCAAGAAGCAGCAGUUAUGAUGGAUCAGAAGGCAGCAUUAUAUGGGCAGACAUAUCCAGCACAGGGGCCUCCAAUACAAGGAGGCUUUAAUCUUCAGGGACAGUCACCUUCUUUUAAUUCUAUGAUGAAUCAGAUGAACCAGCAAAGCAAUUUUUCUCUCCAAGGAAUGCACCCCAGGGCCAACAUGAUGAGACCUCGGACCAACACCCCCAAGCAACUCAGAAUGCAGCUUCAGCAGAGGCUGCAGGGCCAACAGUUUUUGAAUCAGAGCCGUCAAGCCCUUGAAAUGAAAAUGGAAAGCCCCACUGCUGGCGGGGCUGCUGUGAUGAGGCCCAUGAUGCAGCCCCAGGUCAACUCCCAGCAGGGUUUUCUUAAUGCCCAGAUGGUAGCCCAGCGCAGCAGAGAACUUCUUAGUCAUCACUUCCGACAGCAGAGGGUGGCGAUGAUGAUGCAGCAGCAGCAGCAACAACAGCAACAACAGAGCCAGGCCUUCAGCCCACCUCCUAAUGUAACCGCUUCUCCCAGCAUGGAUGGGGUUUUGGCAGGACCUGCUAUGCCACAGGCUCCCCCGCAGCAGUUUCCAUACCCACCAAAUUAUGGUAUGGGACAACAGCCAGAUCCAGGCUUUGGUCGAGUAUCUAGUCCUCCCAAUGCAAUGAUGUCAUCAAGAAUGGGUCCCUCCCAGAAUCCCAUGAUGCAGCACCCUCAGACUGCACCUAUAUAUCAGUCCUCAGAAAUGAAGGGCUGGCCAUCAGGAAACCUUGCCAGGAACAGCUCCUUUCCUCAGCAGCAGUUUGCCCACCAAGGGAAUCCCACUGCAUAUAGUAUGGUGCACAUGAACGGCAGCAGUGGUCCCAUGGCACAGAUGAACAUGAACUCCAUGCCCAUGUCUGGCAUGCCAAUGGGUCCUGAUCAGAAAUACUGCUGACAUAGCUACACCAGGGACUCCAAGGAAAUCACUGUCCAAAUGACACUGCACUAGGAUUAUUGGGAUAAACAAAAGAAUUGUUCCAGACACCCAGUUUUGAAGAAUGGACCAGCUUUGACCUCCAUCAUGGGUAUUCCAAGUGAUACCAUUUCAUCAGGACUGAAUUUUAAGUUAAAGCACAUUAUUUAUCUUCCCCCCCCCCACCCCCUUCCUCUUUCCGCUCUUGUGUAUCAUGUUCAAAACUGAAAUAUUUUUGGCAUUCUGCCUUUUGGGAAUGUGAUUCUAGAGAUAAGGAGUGUUACUGAUUACAAUUCUCUCCUGACUGUGUAGCACCAUUAAAAUAAAUGUAGGCGGGCCAGACAACAUUGGAGAAAUUGGGAGCUGGUUUCUCCAGUCGCAGUAUGGGUGAGAAUGUUAGCCCUAGCCUUCCUUUGUUUUUCUCACUGCCAUGGAACUCCUCUAUGUUGACCCUCUUAGCUUGUGAAAUUGUCAUAACUGAACUCUUGUCCUCCUAUGAUAGUGUUGAGUUGCUUUGUCACUGUCCUCCGUUGUCCUUGACUUUCUCUUAACUAGGAUUUUCAUCUGUCUCUGAUGUCCUGUAAUACUUCACCUUCAGGAAUUGUCUUUGAUGUCAAGUGACUUUGAUGUCAAGUAGAAGGGAAGUCAAGAUGACAGUAUUUAAUAGCAGCAGUAGCAAUUUUUCUCAUGCUAAUGUGCAGCUGAGUGCACUUUAUAUAAAAAGUAAUGGAUAAAUGCAAUAUUCUUGAGGUCUUGAGGAAUGGUGAACCACAUUCCUGGUUUUUGUCUAGUCUCUUGGACAAGAACUGUAAUUUUCUCGUUAUUGUUGAAAGUACUGGUGUCACCCUUUGCCUAUAUGGUAGAGCAAUAAUGCUUUCUGAAAAUAAACUGCAGAAAACUCAAGGCCAGGUACUGCAUUCUGAAUCAGAAUUUUGCAGUGUUUCUGUGAAUAGAUUUCUUUUGUAAAUACGGUCUUUAAGAUACUGUAUCAUGUAAAAUAUGUAUAUACCUUGUUUUUGUAGGUCACAACAACUCAUUUUUACAGAGUUUGUGAAGUUAAAUAUUUAACAUUAUUGAUCACAGUAAGCUCAGUGUCGUGAGGUUACAGAUAGAAGAAACAUCUCUGGACUUUGUGGCCUGGGGAAGAGGACAGGGGUUCAUGGCGUCCCACCCUCAACCCCCCAGCUUUGGAUGCCUCGCUCUAUUCUCUCUCUUAAUUUCAACUUUUUUUUAAAAAAUCAUUUAUUUAGAUGUAGGCUUUUUUUUUUUUUAAUUCCUCUACCAGAACUAAGCACUUUGUUAAUUUGGUAGGAAAGAAUAGAUACAGAAAAUAAACAGAUACCAAGAAUUUGAAAAUUAAGCAUUUUGAUUAAAAAAAAAAUCUUGUUAAGCAGUCCAUAAAUUGAUGGUAUUAAAAUUUGAAUUAUGUUGCUUUUUCAUCCAUUUCAGGAGCGCUGUAAGGUUUUGGUUAUUAGGACCUGGAUCCCACAUCAGGAUCGCAGAAGAAUCCUUGGUGUGUGGUUUCUGGUGUCUGCUCAGCUGUCAUUCCACUAAUGUGAUGUUUUCCUGAGAGUCGUGUCACAGUGAUUUAUUUUUUAUUUUUUAUUUAAGGCACUCGGCCCUCAGCACAGCCAGUUCUGCAUGAUUCACAGCUGCAGUCUGACCGAGUGCCUUUGUACACCGUCUCUACUCCCUGACUCUUGUUCUAGUCAAGAAUAGGGAGAACUAUCAAAUGUAAUUCCUCUUACCUGGUUUACAGAACGAGGUUUAAACAAAUGGUUGAAAGAAAAUGGUUGUUAGUGGAAUAUCUUUGAAUUUCAAAUGUCUCUCCUAGCCUUGUUGUCAUUCUCCAGCAAUAACAGAGCUUUUUUUUUUUUUUUUUAACUGCAUACAUGCUUAGCCAAUUUAAGUGUUUCUGAAGGUAAGAUCAUAUAUUUUCUUUGACUUGCUUAUGAAUAAGUGAAACCUGCUACUUGCAGAACCACUAGGAGAGUGGAUUUGCUUAUUUUAUACCAUUCUUCCUGUGUCCCUCUCCUCUCCAGUUGAAGAAUAAGUCUAAGAUUGUAAAUCCAUACACUGCCAUCAUAGUGACCUGUACUUUUUCAGAUAACAUAUCCACCUGUGUGGAGACAGAGGCAUGGCUGAGUAAGUCUUUUUAUUUUUAGAUACAGUUGUGUCAGGUCUAUCUUAAGUUGUGUGCGUGGAAAGAGAUAGAAUGGUGCUCUUACCUUUUUUGACUUUUAAAAAAUUAAAAAUAAAUAAAUAAAGUUUUGUGAUUAUUUUCCUCAGUUCUGACUCCAGGCUAACUGGAAGGCAGCAUUCCCUUUUUUAUAUGGAAGAAAAGAGAAGUUUACUAUGAGUUUUUUAUAUUUUCUACUUCAUUUUGUUGGUGCAAAUUUAAGAUUAUGGUUUUCUUUUACUAGAUGAAGCCUUGUUUUUAGCUUUGUUGCCCUUUUAUCUCUCUUAAAUAACUUUUCUUUUGUAAUCUCGCUGCCUACCUCUCCUCACCCCAUACCCACCUCUACUUUUUUAAACCUUGGUAACUGUUGGGUGAACAGUAUCAGUGAUCUUUUCAUCUGCGUUUAGAAUAUGUGAUAUUUCCAGUACCUACUUUUUUGCUGAAUCCAAAGAUACAUAAAUAUAAAUAUAUAUAUAUAUUUUAUAAGAUCAAAAUGAUAUAAAGGAGAGAUUCAUGUUUCUUCCUUUGAAAAAAUAGAAAAUCAUUGUUAAUGUUCAUAUUAUGAUGCCAUUUUUCUAGAUUAUGCAUCUUCAUAGAAAGGUGUAAAUAUUAAUCAACAGGACUGCUUAAUCUGUAUUUAAUAUCUAAGGUGAGUUGGGGGUGUACAGGGUGGGGUACUACAGAAUAUGAUUAACUUGCUGUCCUAGAAGUUUUGAUCCAGAAAUAGAGGUAGCUAGAGAGUUAACAGAACAGGUUGCCAGUUACCCAUAUGCCUGUCCAGUUCCCUUAUUUGCAGAAGCAAUGAGUUUUAUUUACAAGUGGAAAAUUCAUAGGAGUAAAGCCUCUAGGAUAGGUGAAACAUCCCCCUUCUGCAGAGGAGCAAGAGCUUUUGUUCGGUAAGAGGCAAAUGUUUAAUAAUGAGCAGGGUGUUUUCUUCUCUUGUUCUAAUAUAUAGAAUUUUGACGUGCAUAGAAAUGUCAUUCUGAGAGCAAUAUUUAACUUCUCAGGAAUUGACUUAGAGUAUUGAGAAUGAGUUCAGUUUUCAAUCAAGUUUACAUUAACUGUUGCUUUAAAAAAAAAAUCUAAAUCAUUCUUUACACUGCAAAGAAUCCAAACCAUGUGGGAUAACUUAUAAGAUGGUUGAACGAUAAGCUUAUGACUGCAUUGCUGAUCAUUUUGGAUGUCAUUGUAAAUAAAGGUUUCUAUUUAAAAUUGAAGCCUAA